UGUUCUUUGGCAUGGGUGGGCUGUGGGCUCUGUUCCGCUGCUGCAAAGGAAAGUGAAGGUGGUGAGAGUAGAGUGACGAACAGGGGGAGAUAUCUGAUGCUGAAGACGCUAUUGGCUGACAACACUUUGUAGCCCACUGUCUGUGACAGCGAGUGGGAUUUCCUUAACCGUUUCGUGAUGCGUAAUGACCCGACGACACCCCCCACACACUUUCUACAUGACAAGGGUCUGAUUUGUUUAUUGCAGUCGAACAUAAUCGCUGAACUGUUAAGGGACUUGUAGAUCGAGCUUUUCGAACCUAUUCAACUCUGUUUGCUUUUAGACACAUAAACUUCUGCUUCCUCAAAUAUUGAAUGGCUGUUGCUGGAGCUUUCACUUUCUCUAUACAGCGAUUCGGCAAGUCACAGUGGAGAAUUCAAGGGGAAAUUUCAGCCCUGAUGGGUGGGAGUUUCCACUGCGACGGUGGAGGGUUUGAUCUGUUGUGGUUGUAAGCAUAUUAUCUCAUAUGUCAAAUGAGUGCUGGAAGUGUUUGUACAGUAGUUUUGGCACAGCACUACUUUUACACUUUCUUCUACUUUUCGGCAAACUCAAAUCAGAGUUUAACCUCACAGCUUGGUUUCUGACAGCUUUUUUCCCUUCAACAACAACAACAAAGGUAAGCCAGGGCUUUUAUAUUUGUAAAGCUCAUUUAAAUAAUCUAAAUGCCAAGGUUACUUUUAAGACAGAUUAUCCCUCUGUCGCUGAACUUCAGCACAUCCUAAUUACACUCUUGUUUAUCCUCGCCCCUGUCUCUUUUAGCGGUGUCAAAAUGAAGUUUCUUGAGCUGGAUGACUCGAUCGGUCGCUUCAGGUUUUCACAGUCCUGUUUGGGAUUAGUGGGGUGCCUGUGUGUGUGCUAUGCAGUCUGGACACCUUACUGGGUGAAGGACAGGGGACUGUGGACGGAGUGGAACGCCACUGAAAGCGACCAGACGAAUCCUAAAGAUGAUAUUGGCAUCAACGCUCUGGAAGCAGAGAGGGUCUUUGGAGUUCUCUCCUUCCUGAUGGCCGUGAGCACGGCUGCUCUGUGUCUGGUGUUUGCCCUCUGCUGGACAUCCCAGACGGUGCGCUCCUACUCAAACACUCGCGCUCUCCUCAUUGUACAAAAGGCGCUCUACCCCACUACCCUGCUGCUGUUCACCAUGGCCCCCACAGGUUUCUUCUUCCUCCUGAGCUGGUCUUUUUUCACAUACCAGCACCAUGAAGAAAUCCGUCAGGACUUCUCCAGUCUUGGCUCCUCCUAUUGGCUGGGGGCUUUAGGUUGGACCCUGCUGCUCGUCGUGGAGCCGAUCGUCUUUAUCGUUGAACAGGCUGUCGUGCCAGACAUUCUACCUGACUUGGAGAAUGCUGUGGCGCCAUGGCGGAUUUCCUCUCCAUCUGAGGCCGACGAACAAUCUUUUAGUCAAAGUUCUCAUCCUUUUAGCCCCAAAAGCAACAAGGGUGUGAUGAAAUAUAUGUCUGAAUUUUGAAUGGAGUUCAGAAACAAUAAGGACAUGAAUAUGAAUAUGACGCUAAAGGACUGUGCACUGAAAGAAUCCUGAAGUCAGAAGAACUGAAGUUUCCUGCUGGGCUUACUGUGGAAGUCAUUUUCUGGUUUGUUGACUGGUUCACUGGUUUGUUGAUUGAAAUGAAACCACAACACACUAAGGACUAAUAACAUACCAACUAGUGAAAUACAAAACUAAUGAUAGGUUUGUGCCUCAGCCAGGAUCAGGUCCAGGUAUAAAGGGCUCUGAGUUCAAUCUACGUAAACAAGACAUUCAGUUAGUACAUUUAUCUAAAUAGUGCUGCUGCGAUAUAUCUUACCUGAAGUCAUUGUUAUGGCCAUGUGACACUUCAAAUAGUAAUUGUCAUGUAAAAGAUGAUAGGUACUGAUUAAUGUUGACAGAUUUACACAUUACAAGCAUUUUUGGUCUGUUACAUAUGUUUUUCUUUUUUUGGAGAUUUAACUUGGGUUUAUUUAUAAACAGAUGAGUAGUUCUCAGAUAUAUUCGUGAGCCCAGACUAUAAUUUCAACUACAGCAUUGUUUUAAUGCAGAGCUCCAUGAGGGCCUGAAGAUCAUGGCCAUUCAGUACUUGUUUUCAGCCGUGUCCCUUAUGCACAUUUCUUUUAAUAGUAGAUUGCACUGUAGUUAAGGAAAUUCCCACUUGCAAAUUCUUUGCAAUUUUUACAGUAAGAAACAUUGGUGCGCAUCAACAGAAUCCCAACUAUUGUCAGCUAGCUGUCAUUUGGCAGGACAUGGGGUACAUCUUUGAGUGGCUGCCAGUCCGUUGUAGGACUAACAAGAAACAAUGUUCUUGAACAGUCUGCCUGCACUACCUUUCACACUGGUGGACUCUUCUCCUUUAGACUUUUGAAACACUCUCUUUUCUUUUCUUUUUUUAUACCAAGUCUUUAUUAAUUGUGAAUUUUGUUACUUUGUUGUUUUUUGUUGUU